CGUCGUUUCAUUCGGUUUCGUGCGCUCGGGGAUUUUGUUUGGUUCUCUGCUUUGUGCGGCAGAUCGCGAGGCAACGCGUGCGGUUUGCUGGCUAAAUUCUACAUAUACACAUUCAACAUUCGACGGCCGAAGCGGAGCUAGAAUAGGAAAACCAACCUUUGCAGUGCUAAUUAUUUACAACACAACACAUAACUGCUGACACACUAAACAAAACUGAAAAAAGAACCAAAGGCGAAAGCUGUUUAUUUUGUUUAGAAACCUAAGUUUGGCCAAAUAUUAAUCAAAGAACGAGUGGCGAAAAAAACAGCAAGUCAGAGAGAGCGCUCGACGUUCGGCCCCAAGGUCGUGGGCCCAAACCCCCAGGAUCCAUUUCCAACAACCCCAUCCAACCACCCAAGAAACCAAAAUGGAUGACGAUCAGCAGUUUUGUUUGCGGUGGAACAACCACCAGAGCACACUGAUCAGCGUGUUCGACACGUUGCUGGAGAACGAGACUCUAGUCGAUUGCACGCUAGCCGCCGAGGGCAAAUUUCUCAAGGCCCACAAGGUGGUGCUGUCAGCAUGCAGUCCCUACUUUGCUACCUUACUACAAGAACAGUACGACAAACAUCCCAUCUUUAUACUCAAGGAUGUCAAGUACCAAGAGCUGCGCGCCAUGAUGGACUACAUGUACCGCGGCGAGGUCAAUAUCUCGCAGGAUCAGCUGGCCGCUCUGCUCAAGGCCGCCGAAUCGCUGCAGAUCAAGGGCCUGUCGGACAAUCGCACUGGCGGCGGAGCAGCUCCCAAGCCAGAGUCCUCCGGCCAUCAUCGCGGCGGUAAGCUGAGCGGUGCCUACACACUGGAGCAAACGAAGCGGGCUCGACUGGCCACCGGCGGUGCGAUGGAUACGUCUGGCGAUGUGUCCGGUUCGCGCGAGGGCUCCUCGAGUCCGUCGCGUCGUCGCCGAAAAGUCCGACGUCGCAGCAUGGAGAAUGAUGCCCACGACAACUCAAACUCGUCCGUGUUACAAGCUGCCGCCUCGAAUCAGUCAAUCCUCCAGCAGACAGGCGCCGGUUUGGCCGUCUCCGCUUUGGUCACCACCCAGUUGUCCAGCGGACCGGCAGCCGGAACCAGCAGCCAAGCGUCGUCGACCCAACAACAGCAGCCAUUGACCAGCACCAACGUUACCAAAAAGACUGAAAGCGCUAAACUAACAUCCUCGACAGCCGCCCCAGCGAGCGGAGCAUCUGCGUCAGCGGCCGCCGUACAACAGGCCCAUCUGCAUCAGCACCAGCAGCAGGCGCAGACCACAAGCGAUGCCAUUAACACCGAGAAUGUACAAGCCCAGAGCCAAGGUGGCGCCCAAGGCGUCCAAGGCGAUGACGAGGACAUUGAUGAGGGUAGUGCCGUUGGCGGACCAAACUCCGCCAGCGGACCCAAUUCCGCCUCCGCCUCUGCAUCCGCCGUCCAUGCCGGAGUUGUGGUAAAGCAGCUGGCCAGCGUUGUGGACAAAUCGUCGUCGAAUCACAAACAUAAGAUCAAAGACAACAGCGUGUCAUCAGUGGGCUCCGAAAUGGUUAUUGAACCCAAAGCCGAAUACGAUGACGAUGCGCACGAUGAGAACGUUGAGGAUUUGACACUGGACGAGGAGGACAUGACAAUGGAGGAGCUGGACCAGACGGCCGGCACCAGCCAGGGUGGCGAAGGAUCUAGUCAAACAUAUGCAACAUGGCAGCACGACAGAUCUCAGGAUGAACUUGGACUAAUGGCACAGGAUGCACAGCAACGGGAUCCCCAAGAUCUGAGUAUUACGCGUAUAGCGGGACUCACCUGGAACGAAUGGAAUGCCCGCCUGGCCAUGCCACUGGUGACCCUACGCGAAGGUGUCCAGCCGCUGGUCUUUCCCACCGACCUGUCGGUGGACAAGCAGCAAGGAGCCGCAGGUCUGACCGCCAAGGAUGUGACCGUCAGUGGCCGAAAGACGCCCACGGAUGGGGGAUGCAAGAGUGAGCCCCGGGCUGCCUCGACGCCCGCCAGGACACACAGCAGUAGCAAUCACAGCAGCAAUGGAAAUGGCAGUGGAAAGCCCACGAAGACCAGUAGCGGUGGCAAAUUGAAUCAUCUUACCGAAGAGGAGGCCACCGCCCUGAUGCUGAAAGCCGUAGCCGAGAAACAGGCAGCCGCAGCGGCCGGCACCGAGUUGAGUUUCGGUGAGGAUCAGGCCAGCUCGGGGAACGGGAAUAGCAGCGACUAUCCGGCCACACUGAGUGGAGCCGUUACCUUUGCGGAUGUUGGCGGCCCAGCUGGACUAUGCCACAUCAACAUCCUGAAUAGCAUCAGCGCAAUGAACAAUCUGAUUAGCGGCAGUACGGCGUCUGGCGUUGGCAUAUCCACCGGAUCAGGUCAAUCGCCCUCAAAUAGUGGCCACAACAACAGCGGUGGCGGCGGUAGCAGCGUGCUGGGCGGUGCGGACAACGGUGCUGGACACCCGUGUCCCGUCUGCGGGAGAGUCUACAAGCUGAAGUCCUCGCUCCGCAACCACCAGAAGUGGGAGUGCGGCAAGGAGCCGCAGUUCCAGUGCCCAUUCUGCGUCUACCGGGCCAAGCAGAAGAUGCACAUUGGCCGGCACAUGGAGCGCAUGCACAAGGAGAAAUUCAAGCUGGAGGAUGUGAAGAACUUUGCCGGAUCCGGCGGCUUGGAUGGCGACAGCAGUGGAGCCACAGCGACGGCGGUUUCCGUGGCAGCAGCUGCAGCUGCGCUGGUCAGCGGCGUGGAGUUGCAUCCCCACUUCUCGUAGAGAAACGAACACUCUAUUGAAGAAGACUUGUAUAAAAAGUUAAAGUUGAUCAGUUAUUAGUGUUGAGAAAGGCGACCAACUACACGAACAUAAUCAGGGAUAAUAAGGACGAAAGAAAAUUACAAGAAAAUAUAUAAUUAAUCACACACCAAGCUCUCGGGAAAACGGAAUCAGUGUGCCAAAUUAAGCUUAAAACAAAACAAAAGAAAUCUUUAAAAAAAAGCGAAUGAGUAAAAACAAAAUGAAAUAGUUUUGUAAGAUGCCUGGAUGUUUCGAAAAAGAUAAUACUUGUUCGAAUGGACCGAAAACAAUUUGUUGCAAAGCACAAAAAUUUACGCCAUUUCACAUAAAAUAUUUUUUGUUAUUGUUAUUAAUUGUUUACACGAGACCGAUUUGAAAAUCUAUAAUUUCUAUUUUUCAUGCAAACAGCAAAGUGAUCAGUAAAAUGAUUUUACACAAAAACAAUUUUAGAUAUUGCAACAUUCCACAAAUCGUAAAUAUGAAAGACAAAACUUGUACAAUGAAACGGUUAAGAAUUAUUCAUUAAUAGCAUAGGCUUAGCAUGAGGAAUAUAAAUAUAUAUAAAAAUAUAUAUAAAUAUAUAUAUAUACUAAUAUAUAAAGUAGUAACAGUAGCAGUAGCAAACUCAGUGGAUAAAUAACUCAGACCAUAUUAAGAUAUUACUCGCUAAAGAGAAUCAAUCAAUCAAUUAAACCAGAAAGGUUAUUUUUCAAACACAUCAGCGAUUAGAAGAAAGCUAGGCUUAAACGGCAAUAUCCCAGUGGGAAUUGUAGAGAGAUUUAAAAACAUCAGCUGAAGCCGAACAUUCAAAGGAUGUACUUGAACAGCGGUUGAGCCCAAUGGAAGUACAUAGAUAGAUAUUCAGUACAGAGUGCCAAACAGAUUCAAUUUUAGGUUCCCAUACAGCCAGUCAGUCAGUCAGUCAAUUAACCAGCCUCUUCAAACAACAUUUUACCUCAAGUGGAAAUAUUUUGCUAUUAUGACGAUGUCUUAAGCUAGAGGAGAAUACAAUACAUUCGAUAAGCUCAGCAACUUUUAAUAGAAUUUAAUGUAGGCGAGGCGAGACGUUCGAUAGUCAACGGAUAAAGUGCCUUGAAGAAAUUGAUGGAAACAGAAACAGAAGCAAUUUGCAAACAUUUUAUUAUAAAAUAUAUGAUAUGAUAUACCAAUAUUCGUAAUUGUUUAAAGCCAUAUGAAGUAGGUUAAGGCAGGAAUUUAAGUCAAAAGUCAUCCAACCGAGGGAGGUCGGGAUUUAAAUGGUUUUUGUUAGACAUUUAAACUCAGGUACUUAGUGAGGGCUAGACCCAAAUUCCAAAACUAUAAAAAAACACGAAAAACGACACAAAUUGGUAGCUGAGCUACCACAAUAGAAUCCACAAAUCAAGAAACAGUUAACGGAAAACUAGAAAACCAACAACCAACAGAACACCGCCACAAAAUACGUCACAUGCACUUUAUUUAUUAUUUUUUGAUAACUUAUAAAUAUGAUAUGAAUAUGUGUUUUUAUUUUUUUUACUUUUACUCUGCACAUUUAUAAGUAGUCAAGUGUAAUUUAUUUUUAUUUACUUGCUUUCCACUACAACGAAAUACAUUCCAUAGAUGAUUUUAUUAAGCUUUAAUGAAACAAACUAAUGACGACAAACUACAAACAUUCACAAGAACAGAUAAACUAAAUCCAUGCAGAAAUGUGCGGCCAGUAAAACUGUGCAACAAAAAAAAAAAAA